AUGAAUCCGAACAGUGGCAGAUGUACAGUGGAGCAGAGUAGCAGUAGCUGCAGUGGGUUCCUGGAAGUUAAAGACGAGCAUAGUGGUAGCAAGGAUAAUCUGGAUGACGGUAUGGCUGAAGCAACGGCAACCGCAAAAACACUUGCUGACAUUUCAAGUAUGCUUGUGCAGCACGACUCGAAUGGCCUUUUUGCCAGUGAUACUUCUGAAAACAGUAAGUUUUUGGCCUUUUUUUUUGCAAAAUUGGCAAGAUUCAUGCAUCAGCGGUUCUAUAAAUGUUGGCAUACGAAAUCUGUUGUUUUAGGGCCAAGACGUGGUCGUAUUGCGGAGCAUCCGUGCUGGGAUUUGGUGCAGCGAAUCUAUGAGCAUAAUUGUAUGAUAUGCCGGAUAUGCUCACGAGUGAUUAAAUGCAUUAAUACGCGUAAUGCAAUGCAACAUUUUCGCAGUUGUCAUUACCAGGUCGCCGUGGAACUCGAUCAAUCUUGGCAAGUGAAGUUGCAACUUAAAGCGAAUUUCAAUCGUAUUUCCAGCAAACCAUCAUCGUCAUCACCAUCAUUAAUUCAUUUUAAUAUGUGGAAAAAACGUGGUCGUGCAGCGGAACAUCCCAGUUGGCGAUAUUUUUGUCGAAUCAAUCGUCGAAGUUCGAACUGUCGGUUGUGUGGUGCACAUGUGGCUUACGCCUGUUCCGGUAAUCUGAUGAAACAUCUCAAAUCCAGACAUAUCGCCGAAUUUACCAUCACAGAAAGAGAGUGGCGAGAAAUCCUCAAGCUAACACAAUUGCAGAGGAAGAAAGAGCUCUGUGAAUUGAGACUGAAGGCGAAUGCGAGUGCAUCGGGAUCCGAGGAACAAUCACCGUCCAAUUUCAUGGCAUACGACUGCGCAAUCGACGAAACCGAUGAGGGCUUAAUUGGAGCCGAUGGAUUUGAGGAAGAAGAAGAGGAGGAAGAUGAUGAUGUUGGAAAUGCUGAAUCUUAUGAAAGAAAUGAAAAGGAGGGUGAUGCAGCAGUGUCAAAUGGUUUGUCUUAA